AUGGCGAGCAAGAUGACUCCCUUCCUCUUCCGCUCAUGUGUGCGCGCUGCAUCCCGCGUGGCUCGGCCCCAAACGCGCGCCUUCUCCGUCACAGCUUGCCGGCCGAGCGAUACCUUGAUGAUUCACCGAAAUACCGCGGACAACAACCCCGACAUCCCCUUCAAAUUCAACAAGGAGAAUGAAACCGUCAUCGCCGAGAUUCUCAAGCGGUAUCCCGAGCAGUACAAGAAGGCUGCCGUCAUGCCCCUGCUCGACCUGGGCCAGCGCCAGCACGGCUUCACCAGCAUCAGCGUCAUGAACGAGGUCGCUCGCCUGUUGGAGAUGCCGCCCAUGCGAGUGUACGAAGUGGCCUCCUUCUAUACCAUGUACAACCGGAACCCCGUGGGCAAGUUCUUUGUCCAGGCAUGCACAACGACCCCCUGCCAACUGGGCGGCUGCGGAUCCGACGUCAUUGUCAAAGCCAUCAAGGAACACCUCGGCAUCAAGCAGGGCGAGACGACGGCCGACGGCCUCUUCACCUUUAUCGAGGUCGAGUGCCUCGGCGCCUGCGUCAACGCUCCCAUGAUCCAAAUCAACGACGACUACUACGAGGACCUCACGCCCGAGACCGUUGUCGAUCUGCUCAAGGCCCUGAAAGCGAGUGCCGGCGAUGCCAGCGCCGCCGCCAAGGUCCCCAAGCCCGGGCCCCUGACGGGCAGAGACACGUGCGAGAACAGCAAGGGCCAGACCAACUUGCUGGAUGAGCCGUGGGGCGUGGAGAAGACGAGAUCGGACUUGUAG